AUGGAUAAAGACCCUAGAGAGGUUACAGACGAACAGGACAGCGAGCUGGAGAGGCUCACGGAUGAAGAGUAUGGAGAAGAAGAAGUGGAAGAACCUGAUGAGUCGUUAGUGAAGGAGUUAGAGAGGCAGCUCCUCGAGACUACAAAAAGGCAAGAGGAGCUUAGGAGGAGGUUAGAAGAACUCAAACGUCGUAAACAAGCUAACAAGCUGAAAAGUACUGUGCAAAUAGAAAAAACUCCCUCGCCGAAGAGAGUAGAAGCACAACCUCUACCAUCACCAUCGCGAGAGGACGGCAAUGAGGUUAAGAACGUGUCAAGGAACUUGACGGACGCGUUACAAAGCGAGCGAUCAACAUUGGAUGACAGCAAUGAAGAGAGGAAGCCUUCAGUGCCGUACUUCUUACAAAAGCUGGAAGAAACACGGAAGAAGGAGAUCGACAAUAGAGAGCAGAAGAAGACCAUGUUCAAAUCAAGGAUUUAUACAUUUGACAGUAUCAUGGAUAGCCAGCCGGUCGAUGUUGAUGAAAAGGAGUACUUCUCAGGCCAAUUGAUUAAGCGAAGAUAUGUUGAUCAACAGCAACUUACCGAAUUCUUCAAAGACAAGAAGGUUAUGAGAUUACCAAAGCUCUACGCAAAAGUGAGUCCUCCAGAUUUUGAAGAGCCCAAAUAUCCAAACUGGCUCGUCAUUGGCAUAAUAAGUGAAAAGGGUAGGCCAAAAGUUACUAGCAAUGGACGAGGACGGUUCAUGACGAUUACCCUGACCGACUUCAAUCUGAGCGUCAGCGUAUCUUUCUUUAAUACUACAGUGGAGAAGUACGAUAGGUUGAGGAUUGGUGAUGUUAUUGCCAUUUUGAAUCCUGAUAUUUACAUCAAAUCUGAUUAUACUGCCAAUGGGGUGAAGACAUUUGGCCUCUCAAUCAGGCAUACAGGUGACAGUGUGCUGGAGAUUGGUAAAUCAAGAGAUCUUGGCUUCUGUCCUGCGCUAAGGAGAGAUGGAACUGUAUGUGGGACUCCCAUUAACAAAUCCUUGCAGAGCAGCUGCCUUUACCAUGAGGAACUUAGACUACGAAGAACAGCUGGAAAAAGAAUGGAGUUUCAAACCACUGUUGGACAGCGUUCACCCUCCAAGGGAGGAAGGAAGCAGCACAUGAUGGUUUCAAACAACAAGAUCGUCAAAGUGUUUGAUGCCAAUCAGCAACAGCAGGGUCCAACGCACGUGGAAAAGGCGAAGAAGUUCUUCAGCAGUACGAACAAACAUGAAAAGUUCUUCAACAGUGAAAUAUCUGACUUUGGCGACAUAAAGAGGAAACAGAUACGCCAGGAAAAGUAUAGAAGUUUGAGGAAGGACAUUGAUCUUCAGCAAAAGCUCAAGGAAUCACUUGAAGGUGGAAAGAACUUGAAGAAAUACCAUUCAAUUCACGGCGAACCAGAAGAUAGUGAAACAUCACUGGAAGAGAAGAAGGCACUGCUAAAGUAUGCGUAUGGUGGGAAGGGACUAUCCAAAUUGGGGUUUGAUCCAACUGCAAAAGGUGCAUCGAAAGGCUUACUCUCAAAGAUAGACGAUGAUCAAAGGGCACAAGCCACGAGCACACUCGAUGAACUCAGGGACAUUACAAAGAAUAAGAAGGCUAACUUUUCUUUAUGGAAAGAAGAGGUUGCUAGACGUCGUAAGAUGAGGCAUGAAACGGAUAAAAUGUUGGAAAAGAUGAAAGAGCAUACUCCUUCACCAUCAGCUGAGACGUCAACUAAUGAAAGCACAUCAACAAGGAUGAUAACGCUAGACGACUCAGAAUCGGAUUCAGACUCGGAUGGUUAUCAUCCACCAACAAAGAAACCAAAUACAACGAGGUAG